GAGUAUCUGAAUUCCUAAAAAGUCCAGGUCUCUCCCUCUCGAAAACUGAAUUUCCCAAAAGUUCAUUUCUCUUUCUCUCUCUAAUAAGUUAUUUAUCUCAUUCAACUUUUUUCCCAGCUCUAUUUCUGUUAUUUGAUUUUUAAGUAUUUAUAAUUUUUUCUCUUUCCUUCCAUUUUCUCAGUUGCAAAUUUCUCUUAGGGAAUCGGAUUGUGUCAUGUAUUUAUUUAUAACUUUGUCUUUUGUAAAUAGUUUUUAAUUCAUAUACUACAAUCUCAUUGUUAGUUACAAAUGAUAUCAGUCAAUUAGCUAAGGAGGUGAAAAUUCAGAUUCGGAGUUAUAACAAAAGUAACUUUAAUAUGUUUAUUUAUGGGAUUAAUCGGUCAAUUUCUAGGUUCAUUUUAAUCUAAACUGCUUGUUUUCUACUUGGGUUUGGUGGCAUUCUUCACAGUUUCAUUUCUUGAAUCUUAUUUCAUUAUUUCGUUCUUUUAAAGUGGAAAGUGGGAGCUUUUUAUGUAAAAUGCAUGAUAAAAAUGCAUUGAAAUUGAAGGAAGUCAUUUUUUGCAGUAAUUUUAUGCUGGUUUAUUUUCCAUUUUACAGUGUGCAUGUUUAGUUGCAUUACUUGUUAUCUGUUUCUUUUGUAUGUGUUUGCUUGUUGAUUUAAAUACCAAAUUUUGUCUUUAAAAUCUUUCAUAUCUGGAUUCAUUCAUAGUUGAGGUUCAUUAGAAUGGAAAAAUUACCUCUCCCAAUAUCAAGAGUUGUUGAUUUGAAGAAAAAGUUUUUUAAGAGGGAAGAGCUACUAGAUAUUCUGCGACACCAUUUUGGGCAUUCUGAUUUUAGAGGCAGGCAAUUAGAUGCCAUUGAAGCUGUAUUAUGUGGAAAAGAUUGUUUUUGUCUCAUGCCAACUGGAGGGGGAAAGUCACUGUGCUACCAGGUUCCUGCAGUGGCCCAAAAAGGCAUCACUCUGGUUGUUUCCCCCUUGAUAGCAUUGAUGGAAAAUCAAGUAACAGCACUAAAGAAGAAUGGAAUCCGUGCAGAAUAUCUUUCUUCUAGUCAAAAUCCCCAAGCUAAAGAGAAGAUUUAUGAAGACCUUGACUCUGGGAGGCCAUCAUUGAGAUUGCUAUAUGUGACACCAGAAUUGAUUGCCACAAAUGGGUUCAUGUACAAGUUGUUGAAACUUCAUGGUAGAAGUCUUUUACAGCUUAUUGCUGUGGAUGAGGCUCAUUGUAUUUCAGCAUGGGGCCAUGAUUUCAGGCCCAGUUAUCGCAAACUUUCAUCCCUAAGGAAGCGCCUUCCUGGUGUUCCAAUAUUAGCCUUGACAGCUACAGCUGUUCCCAAAGUUCAGAAAGAUGUGAUCGAAUCCCUAUGCAUGCAACAUCCUUUAGUUCUUAAGGCGUCAUUUAACCGUCCUAACAUAUAUUAUGAAGUCCGAUAUAAAGAUCUCCUUGAUGAUGCUUAUGCUGAUUUAUUGACUCUUCUGAAGACAAGUGGAAAUGUUUGCUCAAUUGUAUAUUGUCUUGAACGUUCCACCUGUGAUGAUCUCGGAGCUCGUUUGUUGAAGGAUGGCAUUCCUUGUGGCGUGUAUCAUGCAGGGUUGAAUAAUAAAGUUCGGAGUCGUGUUCUUGAUGAUUGGCUUUCUUCCAAAACACAAGUUGUUAUAGCUACCAUUGCUUUUGGAAUGGGUAUUGAUAGGAAGGAUGUCCGGAUUGUGUGCCAUUUCAAUAUUCCAAAGUCUAUGGAGGCUUUUUACCAAGAGUCUGGACGAGCUGGACGUGAUCAGUUACCUUCAAAAAGUGUGUUGUAUUAUGGCUUGGAAGACCGAAGAAAGAUGGAAUUUGUUUUGAGGAAUGCUGCUAACUCUAAAGGAAACAAGCUAAACUCUCAGGAUCACCAAAUUGAGAAGUGCCUUGCUGACUUUGCUCAGGUGGUUGAGUACUGUGAAGGGUCUGGUUGUCGUAGAAAAAAGAUUCUUGGAUUUUUUGGAGAACAGGUGCAUGGAGCUCUCUGUAACAAAUCAUGUGAUGCAUGCAAGCAUCCAAACCUUCUUUCAAAGAAAUUGGAGGAACUCACCCACAUGUCCAGCACUCUCUCGAAGAAUAGGCUGGCCCCUGUCUUCAUCACUGGCACAUCCUUGAUGGCUUCAGAUCAGGGCACUGAGUUUUGGAAUCGUGAUGAUGAAGUUAGCUGCUCUGAGGAAGAUAUAUGUGAUUCUGAUGUCCAGAGUUGUGAUAUUGCAGAUGAAGGACUGGAAAUCUGUGACAGCCUAGCAAAGAACAAGUCCUCAACGUUUCAACUAAAUGAAAGGGUUGAACAUUUGCUGCAAGCAGAGGAGAAUUAUAAUUCCAGAAAUUCCAUGAAUAAACAGGCUAGUGGCCCCGGUGACAAGAAAGCCAUUACUGAAACACUAAGGGAAGCAAGCAUCCAAAGGUUGCAGAACUCUCUGAAGCAAGCCCAAGAUCGGCUCAGCGAGUCCAUCAUGGAGGUGCAGAUUGCUGCUAAAGUUCUUGAGAACGAGUGCUACAAUAAAUAUAGGAAGACUGGAAAAACAUUUUACAUCUCUCAAGUUGCGAGCACAGUUCGCUGGCUAUCUUCAUGUAGUGCCUCUGAAUUAAGCAACCGCCUUGGCUCCAAUUCUUCUAAAAUUAGUUGCAACACGGAACACAAUUCCAAGGAGCAAGAAGAAACUAUUGUAUCGGAUAGGGAUGAAAGAAAAAACAAAGUUGGGGUGGGAGGUUCUAAAUCCAAUGAGGACCAAAGUGGAGAAGCCACCAUACUGACCAAUGAGAGAGACAACAAAGAUGGGUUGGGAAAUCCUAACUCUAAAACAAUGGAAAAGACUCGGACACAAGACUCCCAACUUCCCCGGAUACCUUCUUUCUCAGAAUUUGUGGGCCAAAAAGGGAAGUUGGGUCAAUCAGAUCAUUUGGGGGCAUUGUCUAAGCGACCCACUUCAUCGGUGUCUAAAAAAAUGGAAGCAAGAAGUGGUUCAGAGAAGAGAAUUAGGCUUAAAGACUGAUCCAGGUUGAUUUUAAAUUGAAUUUUCUGGAAAUGUUUGUCAUUGAUCAUGCUGAAACAUGUGUUCAAUGAUUUUGGUCUUUGCGGAACUCCGGAAACCCAAAUCAGCUGUUUGUUCUUUUGCUCUUUUUAGCUCUUUGCCCGACCAGACUUGCGACUAGAGAGGGACCAAGCAACCCGAAAUCGGACCUGUUGGAAUGUGAUUUUAAAUUUAUAAUUACAGUUUACUGCAUGAGUGUGCCUCAAAAUCAAUGUAAUGAAAAAGUGUGAUUGCA